AUGGAGCAGUCGCCGCCGCCCGCGCCUGAGCCCACCCCGGGGUCGACCCCAGCACGGAGUCGUAGAAGGCGGGAGCCCGAAUCGCCGCCGGCGCCGGCUCCGAUUCCUCUCUUUGGUGCUAAGACUAUUGGCCGGAGAAGUCCUGAUGGACCAGUGCUGAGCAAAGCUGAAUUUGUUGAGAAAGUUCGUCAGAGUAAUCAGGCCUGUCAUGAUGGAGAUUUCCACACAGCUAUUGUUCUGUACAAUGAAGCCCUGGCUGUUGACCCUCAGAACUGUAUCUUAUACAGCAAUAGAUCUGCAGCCUAUAUGAAAAUCCAGCAGUAUGACAAGGCACUGGACGAUGCAAUCAAAGCUCGACUUCUCAAUCCCAAGUGGCCAAAGGCAUACUUCCGACAGGGUGUUGCCCUCCAGUACCUUGGACGUCAUGCCGAUGCCCUGGCAGCCUUUGCAUCUGGGUUGGCUCAGGACCCCAAGAGUCUCCAGCUUCUGGUGGGGAUGGUGGAAGCAGCCAUGAAAUCUCCCAUGAGAGACUCCCUCGAGCCCACUUAUCAGCAGCUUCAGAAAAUGAAACUGGACAAGAGCCCCUUUGUGGUUGUCUCUGUGGUUGGGCAGGAACUCCUGACAGCUGGGCAUCACGGGGCCUCUGUGGUUGUCUUAGAAGCCGCUCUGAAGAUUGGCACCUGCAGCCUCAAACUGAGAGGUUCCGUUUUCUCUGCACUGAGCAGUGCUUACUGGUCUCUCGGAAACACAGAGAAGAGCACGGGAUACAUGCAGCAGGACUUGGAUGUAGCCAAGACCUUAGGUGACCAGACAGGAGAAUGCCGAGCUCAUGGGAACCUGGGCUCUGCAUUCUUCUCCAAAGGAAAUUACCGGGAGGCUCUCACUAACCACAGGCAUCAGUUGGUGCUUGCCAUGAAACUCAAGGAUCGAGAGGCAGCUUCAUCAGCCCUGAGCAGUCUGGGUCACGUGUACACAGCCAUUGGAGAUUACCCCAAUGCACUGGCCAGUCACAAACAGUGUGUUCUUCUUGCCAAGCAAUCCAAAGAUGAGCUUUCUGAAGCCCGAGAACUCGGCAACAUGGGAGCUGUGUAUAUUGCCAUGGGUGACUUUGAGAAUGCUGUGCAGUGCCAUGAGCAGCAUCUGAAGAUAGCCAAGGACCUGGGGAACAAGCGAGAAGAGGCCCGGGCCUACAGCAAUCUGGGCAGUGCCUAUCACUACAGGAGGAACUUUGACAAGGCCAUGUCUUACCACAACUACGUGCUGGAGCUGGCGCAGGAGCUGAUGGAGAAGGCCAUUGAGAUGCGGGCCUAUGCUGGCCUGGGCCACGCUGCCAGGUGCAUGCAGGAUUUGGAGAGGGCUAAACAGUAUCACGAGCAGCAGCUGGGCAUCGCUGAGGAUCUCAAGGACCGGGCUGCAGAGGGGCGUGCGUCCUCCAACCUGGGAAUCAUACACCAGAUGAAAGGUGAUUAUGACACUGCACUGAAACUCCACAAGACCCACUUGUGCAUCGCCCAGGAGCUGAGCGACUAUGCUGCCCAGGGCCGCGCCUAUGGAAAUAUGGGCAAUGCCUACAAUGCUCUGGGCAUGUACGACCAGGCGGUCAAGUACCACCGGCAGGAGCUACAGAUCUCCAUGGAAGUGAACGACCGUGCCUCACAGGCAUCCACGCACGGGAACCUCGCCGUGGCCUACCAGGCCCUGGGCGCCCACGACCGGGCCCUGCAGCACUAUCAGAACCACUUGAACAUCGCCCGGGAGCUGCGAGACAUCCAGAGCGAGGCGCGGGCUCUCAGCAACCUGGGCAACUUCCACUGCUCUCGAGGGGAGUACGUCCAGGCCGCCCCCUAUUACGAACAGUACCUCCGACUUGCUCCUGAUCUUCAAGACAUGGAGGGAGAAGGAAAGGUCUGCCACAACCUCGGCUACGCCCAUUACUGCCUUGGAAAUUACCAGGAGGCAGUAAAGUACUAUGAGCAGGAUCUGGCCCUGGCCAAAGACCUUCAUGACAAAUUGAGUCAAGCAAAAGCUUACUGCAACUUGGGCUUAGCGUUCAAGGCUCUGCUGAAUUUCAGCAAAGCUGAAGAGUGUCAAAAGUACCUACUGUCCCUAGCCCAGUCCCUGAAUAAUUCCCAGGCUAAAUUUAGAGCCCUGGGGAACCUGGGUGAUAUAUUUAUCUGUAAAAAAGAUAUCAGUGGUGCAAUAAAAUUCUAUGAGCAGCAGCUGGGCUUGGCUCACCACGUGAAGGACAGGAGACUGGAGGCCAGUGCAUAUGCAGCCCUGGGCACCGCAUACCGAAUGAUCCAGAAACACGACAAGGCCCUGGGUUAUCAUACACAGGAGCUGGAGGUAUAUCAGGAGCUGAGUGACCUGCUGGGAGAGUGCAGAGCUCAUGGGCACCUGGCCGCAGUCUACAUGGCCCUGGGGAAGUACACAAUGGCUUUCAAGUGUUACGAAGAGCAGCUGGACCUAGGGCAGAAGCUGAAGGACCCGAGUCUCGAAGCCCAGGUCUACGGCAACAUGGGCAUCACAAAAAUGAACAUGAACGUGAUGGAAGAAGCCAUCGGCUACUUCGAGCAGCAGCUGGCCAUGCUGCAGCAGCUGAGUGGGAACGAGUCUGUGCUCGACAGGGGCCGGGCCUACGGCAACCUGGGGGAUUGCUACGAGGCCCUGGGCGACUACGAGGAAGCUAUCAAGUACUAUGAACAGUACUUAUCUGUUGCCCAGAGUCUGAAUCGCAUGCAAGACCAAGCCAAGGCUUACCGAGGCCUGGGAAGUGGACACAGGGCAAUGGGGAGCUUGCAGCAGGCCCUGGUGUGCUUUGAAAAGAGGCUCGUGGUCGCCCACGAGCUCGGGGAGGCCUUUAAUAAAGCCCAGGCCUACGGUGAGCUGGGAAGUCUGCACAGCCAAUUAGGGAAUUAUGAACAAGCCAUUUCCUGCCUUGAACGCCAGCUGAACAUUGCUAGAGAGAUGAAGGACCGAGCUCUGGAGAGUGACGCGGCCUGUGGCCUGGGGGGUGUGUACCAGCAGAUGGGGGAGUACGAUACAGCCCUGCAGUACCACCAGCUGGAUCUGCAGAUUGCCGAGGAGACCAACAACCCCACGUGCCAGGGCCGGGCCUACGGGAAUCUGGGCCUGACCUACGAGUCCCUGGGCACCUUUGAGAGAGCUGUGGUCUACCAGGAGCAGCACUUGAGCAUCGCUGCACAGAUGAACGACUUGGUGGCCAAGACGGCGUCUUACAGCAGCCUCGGAAGGACGCAUCACGCUCUGCAGAACUACUCCCAGGCAGUCAUGUACUUGCAGGAAGGUUUAAGGUUAGCAGAGCAGCUGGGCCGAAGAGAAGAUGAAGCCAAAAUUCGCCAUGGUCUUGGCCUCUCCCUCUGGGCGAGCGGGAAUCUGGAGGAGGCCCAACAUCAGCUCUACCGGGCAUCAGCCUUGUUUGAGACAAUCCGACACGAAGCGCAGCUGAGCACGGACUACAAGCUCUCCCUCUUUGACCUGCAGACGUCCUCCUACCAGGCCUUGCAGCGAGUGCUCGUCAGCCUCGGCCAUCAUGAUGAAGCUCUGGCCGUGGCAGAAAGAGGACGGACAAGGGCGUUUGCAGACCUCCUGGUAGAACGACAGACAGGACAGCAGGACUCUGACCCCUACUCCCCGGUCACUGUCGAUCAGAUCUUGGAGAUGGUUAACGGCCAGAGGGGACUAGUGCUUUACUACUCCCUGGCGGCGGGCUACCUCUACAGCUGGCUGCUGGCUCCUGGGGCAGGAAUUCUGAAGUUUCAUGAACAAUACCUGGGAGACACCACGGUAGAAAACUCCAGUGACUUCCAGACGGGCAGCAGCACAGCCCUUCCAUCAGCCGCGAGCUCAGCCCUGGAGCAGCAUGUUGCCAGCGUGCGGGAGGCCCUGGGCGUGGACUCCUGCUACUCGAGGGCCUGUGCUAGCAGCGAGACCGAGAGUGAAGCCGGAGACAUCAUGGACCAGCAGUUCGAGGAGAUGAACAACAGGCUCAACUCGGUCACCGACCCCACUGGCUUUCUCCGGAUGGUUCGCCGCAACAACCUCUUUAACAGGAGCUGCCAGAGCGUGACCAGCCUGGUGGGCAAUGCCGCGUCGCCCGUCAAGGACGGGACCUCCUCUCUUCCCAGGAGGCAGAGCUCGUUCGCCAGGCCGCCGCUCCGCGCCCUGUACGACCUGCUCGUGGCGCCCAUGGAAGGGGGCCUGAUGCACGCCAGCGGCCCAGGGGGCCGGCACCGGCAGCUGGUCCUGGUCCUGGAGGGGGACCUGCACCUCGUCCCGUUCGCCCUGCUGAAGGGGAGCUCCUCCAACGAGUACCUGUACGAGCGCUUCGCCCUCAUCGCUGUCCCCUCCAUCCGCUCCCUCGGCCCGCAGGCCAAGUCUCAGCUGAGGAAGAGCCCACCCGCCUACUCCAGCUCCACGUCCAUGGCGGCGGUGGUCGGCAACCCCAAGCUGCCGUCAGCGGUGAUGGACAGGUGGCUGUGGGGCCCGAUGCCGGCGGCCGAGGAGGAGGUCUACAUGGUGUCCGAGCUGCUGGGCUGCCAGCCGCUGGUGGGCAGCGUGGCCACCAAGGAGCGUGUCGUGAGCGCCCUGACGCAGGCCGAGUGCGUGCACUUCGCCACCCACAUCUCUUGGAAACUGUCGGCCCUGGUCCUCACACCCAGCGUGGACGGCACCCCUGGGGGCGGCAAGAGCUCCUUCGGCCACCCCUACACCAUUCCCGAGUCCCUGCGGGUGCAGGACGAUGCCAGCGACGGCGAGAGCCUCUCGGACUGCCCGCCGCUGCAGGAGUUGCUGCUCACGGCCGCCGACGUCCUGGACCUGCGGCUGCCCGUCAAGCUGGUGGUGCUCGGCUCCUCCCAGGAGUCCAGUGGCAAGAUCACAGCCGACGGGGUGGUGGCGCUGACGCGGGCCUUCCUGGCGGCUGGCGCGCAGUGUGUCCUCGUGUCUCUGUGGCCCGUGCCUGUGGCCGCUUCCAAGAUGUUCCUGCACGCCCUGUACUCGUCCCUGCUGAACGGCCUGAAGGCCAGCGCGGCGCUGGGCGAGGCCAUGAAGGUGGUGCAGAGCAGCAAGGCCUUCUCACACCCCUCCAACUGGGCAGGGUUCAUGCUUAUCGGCAGCGACGUGAAGCUCAACAGCCCCUCCUCGCUCAUCGGUCAGGCCCUCACCGAGAUCCUCCAGCACCCGGAGCGCGCGCGGGACGCCCUGCGAGUGCUGCUGCACCUGGUGGAGAAGUCCCUGCAGCGCAUUCAGAACGGGCAGCGCAACGCCAUGUACACGUCGCAGCAGAGCGUGGAGAACAAAGUGGGCGGCAUCCCCGGCUGGCAGGCCCUCCUCACCGCCGUGGGCUUCCGGCUGGACCCCCCGGCCAGCGGUCUGCCAGCGGCCGUCUUCUUCCCGACCUCCGACCCGGGCGAGCGGCUGCAGCAGUGCAGCAGCAGCAUCCAGUCCCUGCUGGGUCUGCCCAACCCUGCCCUCCAAGCCCUCUGCAAACUCAUCACGGCCUCAGAGACGGGCGAGCAGCUCAUCAGCCGGGCUGUUAAAAAUAUGGUUGGAAUGCUCCACCAGGUGCUGGUGCAGCUGCAGGCCGGCGAGAAGGAGCAGGACUUCGCCGCGGCGCCCAUCCAGGUGUCCAUCAGCGUCCAGCUGUGGCGGCUCCCCGGCUGUCACGAGUUCCUGGCGGCUCUAGGUUUUGAUCUCUGUGAGGUGGGGCAGGAGGAAGUAAUCCUGAAAACCGGAAAACAAGCCAAUCGACGGACCAUGCACUUUGCGCUCCAGGCCCUGCUCGCGCUCUUUGAUUCCACCGAGCUACCCAAGCGCCUCAGCCUGGACAGCUCGUCCUCCCUGGAGUCGCUGGCCUCAGCCCAGUCUGUCUCCAAUGCUCUGCCCCUGGGCUACCAGCACCCUCCUUUCUCCCCGACUGGGGCGGAGAGCAUAGCCUCAGACGCCAUCUCCGUGUACAGCCUGAGCUCCAUCGCCUCCUCCAUGAGCUUCGUCUCCAAGCCUGACGGGGGGUCAGAAGGCGCAGUCCCUCGGGGACGGCAGGACUACGAGCGGUCCAAGAAUGCCUACCCACCGCUUGCCACCCUGCCUCGGAGCCCACUGUCCCCGCCCACCCGCCCUGCAGGCGCCAAGGAUGAGGAGGAGUAUGAGGGGUUCUCUAUCAUCAGCACGGAGCCCUUGGCGGCCUCCCAGGAAGACCCACCGACAGGCUUCUCGCCCGACCACAAGCAGUCCCGCGUCGGGACAGCGGGCAGUGUCAAAGUCUCGGUGAGCUCCAAGGGGAGCAUAAGCACUCCAAACUCUCCUGUUAAAAUGACUCUGAUUCCCAGCCCAAACUCACCCUUCCAGAAAGUGGGAAAACUAGCCAGUUCAGACACGGGAGAAUCAGACCAGUCGAGCACAGAAACAGAUAGUACCGUGAAGUCCCAAGAAGAAAGCAACCCGAAGCUUGACCCUCAAGAGCUGGCACAGAAGAUUCUCGAGGAGACACAGAGCCACCUCCUGGCGGUGGAGCGUCUCCAGCGGGGCGGCGGUCAGGGCUCCAGUGCUGAGGAUGGCGUCUCCGUGCCCAGCAGCGCCGCCGUCUUCCGAGCGUCAGAAACCAGCGCCUUCAGCAGGCCUGCCCUCUCCCACCAGAAGAGCCAGCCGUCGUCCUCGCCGGUCUCCAUCAAACCAAAGCCCCCAGCCAGGAGCUCCUCCCUCCCCAAGGUGAGCUCGGGGUACAGCAGCCCCACCGCCUCCGAGGCGUCCGCCAAAGACAGCCCGAGCCAGCACAGUGGCCGGCCGUCGCCCGGCUCCGACUCGCAGACCUCCCUGAGCGACCAGCCUCUCUUCAAGCUGAAGUACCCCAGCUCCCCCUACAGCGCUCACAUCUCCAAAUCUCCAAGGAACAUGUCCCCCAGCUCAGGCCACCAGUCUCCCGCGGGAAGCGCACCGUCCCCGGCUCUCUCCUACUCCUCUGCGGGCUCCGCGCGAUCCAGCCCCGCCGACCACCCCGACCUCGACAAGCUGAAGAUGGCGGCCAUUGACGAGAAGGUGCAGGCGGUCCACAACCUGAAGAUGUUCUGGCAGAGCACACCCCAGCACUCCACGGGACCGAUGAAAAUAUUCCGGGGGGCCCCUGGGACCAUGACUUCCAAGAGAGAUGUCCUCAGCCUAUUGAAUUUGUCACCUCGGCACAGCAAGAAGGAGGAGGGCGCAGACAAGCUGGAACUCAAGGAGCUGUCUUUGCAGCGCCGCGGAGAGACACCCCCCAAAGCCCCGCCCAACGGACACUGGCGCACGCAGACCACCUCGCUGAGCACGCUGCCGCUGCCCGCGCGCCCACCCGCCCCGGCGCCCGCGCGCUCUUUGAGACUUCCUUCUGGAAACGGCUACAAGUUUCUGUCCCCAGGAAGAUUUUUUCCUUCCUCUAAAUGCUAAAGCAUCUUUUAUACCCACCGACAGCAACCCGGAGCGCAGCGGCCCAGCCGGCUCCCCGCAUUCACUUGGCUGCCCCUGCGUGAGCAUGCACUGCCGGCCCGCUGGUGGUCCCCGGGGACUCUGGGCAGAUUCCCCAAAAGCCAGGAAUUCUGUGGGGCUGGUACAGGAUGCUCAUGGAAUUUUCUACACACAUCACCAAAUGUUUACCUGUAAGCUCCCUCUUCUCAUCUUUGAUGCGAUUCUUCAACAGGACUUUUGUACAAAAAUGGUCAAGGUUCUGGGGUGGGGGAGGAGAGGGAGUACAUAUUUUGCUAGGAGGUGUAUAUGCAGUACCUUUUAUACACAGAAUACAGAGCUUUUGUAAGGCUUUCAGGUGCUGGUUGGGGGUGGGAUACAUAAAAUCUAAGUUGAAUUCUACAUGAAAGUGUUAUUAUAGUAGCCAAAAAACAGGAUACUGGUUUUAAAAAUGCCAAUGAUUUGUAAUUAAAUUGUAGCAAUUCUGGUCUCACGGUACUGUAACAUCAUAGAACCGAUGCAAUAAUUCACCUGGAAAUAGUGCUUCCGUCCUCACCUCUGUUCUCCUGAGCUCUACCAAUGUCCUUGGAGCCCCGCGGUCAACCAAACUUGAAGUUUCUUAAAAAUUUACGUAACUCACAUCCAGGCAUUUUAGAACUAUGCAAUUGUGAUUUAAAAUGCAACUUUGUGCUUUUAAAACCUUACUGACCUUUUUUGUACGUGGAUAAACAACUUGGUUUUGUUAUCAAUAGUACUUUGCAUUUAUAGCUAUUAUUUUUAAAAGCUCAAGAAGUUUUUUAAAAUGUCAGAUUUUGAACAGUCAUCAAUACGUAAUUAUCAAGUUUUGGGGGGGAGUUUGAAAUUAUUCAGUUUCCUUAUAAGAGAAGAAAAAAACAGCAAAAAAAAAAAAAAAUCCUAUGGCUAUCUAGAUUUAACCAGAAUCGAGCCUUCCAGCUCCUAUUCCCUUUACUUCCUGCUUAGUUUUAUCAUCUUUUCCCAACUCCAGGCUGCUAACACACCUCUUCUACCUACGUCUGCUGCCAGGUUCCCGGCGCCUCCCACCCGUUAAUCGCAUGUGACCCCGUCUCGGUGUGACUGGGGCCCUGGCUCGCGGUCUGAGGACAGGCCCUUACUGUCCACGGCCGCAGAAGCAGGGGCUGUCUGCUGAGACGUCUGCAUCUGAGUCACUGCUCAACAGGGAGGACACGGGACUCUUGCUACAGCCAUGAUAGCUCCCUGAUACUGCUGCCAGCCAGAACAAGACAAAACAACAGUCUAGGUAGGGGUAACCAUUAACUUACCUUAUAAGGAAAUGAAAUGCUGAAAAUCAUGUUAGUGCUAAGUUUAGGCCACUUUUAGGUAAUUCUCAAGUGGAAAUCCUACUACCUCCUCACUGGGAAGGUCUAUCCCACGAAGGCAGCAGCCUCUCGUCCCGGGACACCAGCCGCAGGGAGGCCCCGGGGGUGUUAACCUUGGGGAGGUCUCACUUUAUUCACACACACUGACCACCUGCCUAUUCCGCACUGUGCUCUGGAAAGAGAGAAAGAUAAUAUACACUCAACCUGUCUUACUCUCUUGAGCUGUGUCACAGAAGCUUUCUGUGUUUAACCCAACAGCCAUGUUGACAAAAGCAAGGAAGUCCCUCCCAUCCUAACCCUGAUCCCAACACUGGGAAGAGAAAUACUUUUAUCAAGAGGCAAGCAACUAUGAGGCUGUCUUUAUGUCUUUUGUAAAUGGUAAUAAAAGUACCAGUGUAGCAAAUGAAAGCCAAGUUUAUAGCACUGUGCAUUUAGAUAGCAAAAUCAGGUCCUCAGUAACAGGAAACAAACCUCAAAAGUGAAUUUCUGAAUCCGCAUGCAUGUAGUUAGGCUCGUCCUUUCUCAGCACCUCUGAGCCUCUUUCCCAAGUGCCAAGGAGCCCUGGAGGAAAGGCCGGUCUGUGCUCUGGCCCCGGGUGCCCGCCUCCAGCACAGCCCCCUACCACCCAGACCGCUUCUCCUGGUUACCAAGCCAGCUAGGAGGGCUUGUGGACCCUAACUUAGACUAAAACCAAGUACAUUUGCUGUUGUAGGUUUCAUGUUCAAAAGCCAAAUGGAAUAUAUGAUUUUUUUUUUUUGGUCCUGGAUAUCGGCUUCAAUGAAGGAAAGCAAAGAUGAUAAAAUCAAGACCAAUUGCCACUUCUGUUUGCUGUCAGUCUUGGUGCUUUCUAUUCAAGUUAAAUGGAUGUAAAAUCAAAGUGAAUUUUUUAGGCUUCCCUGAAAAAAGGAUGCACUUAAAAAUUAUGUGAUUGUAUAAUUUGCAGAUUUCUUUGUACAGAUCAGGGGUUGGCAAAUGACCUCCAGGCUAAAUCUGACCAGAGGCCUGGAUUUUCACAGCCAUGAGCUAGGAAUGGAGUUUGCAUUUUAAAAUAUUAAUAUAAAUAUCUACAUAAUAUUGUGAUUUUUACCUCUUGGUCCACAAAGCCUAAAAUAUCUCGCUUCUUAUGAAAACAUUUUGCUGACUCCUGGUCCAGAUGGCAGAAAACGCAACUGGCGUAACGUUUUGUUUCUGCAGUCUAGGGAAAGCGGAUGUCAGGCAGUGGACAGAACUGACGGGAUGUGUGGGAACCUGAGCCCUGUGGAGGGAAGGGACCGGCCCCAGAGGAGUCCUUGGCUCCCCGCCCCAUGUGGAAGGGGUCGCUGGGUCACUAUGCAGACAGCACUGGAAGGACUUUUUUCAGCUCAGGAAACUGGGACCCCUGCCCCUAUUCUGCUCCAUCAGAUGCAACUGCGCAAGCAAUAAAACCUCCCUCUCCUGCAAACCCUGGUGUGACCACAAAGCAAGGCAGCAGAUCUUACUUCUCACCAGUGGGCCACGCAGGGAACUCUUCACACUUCACUCACCUUAACAGAGUCCACUUACCAAGACACAGUGAGCCACUCAAGCUUGCAUUCUGAUGCGUUUGGUAUCGGUAUGCAGAGAAACGAGAACGUUCUCGCCUCCACCCACUCGCAACAGCCCCCUGGCCCACAUGCCACCGAACACAUGUCCGUAUCUGCUUGGCUGUCCAGGGGAAGCCGGCAGGUGGUCACCGCCGCGGGUGCCCAACAGUGAUGCCCUGUCCCGCACCCCCGCCACCACAAGGAGAACCUUCACUUCGCUGGUUUCAGUUCAGGCUGGGAAAAAAAAAACACCACACGAUAAUCGGGCUUGCUUUAGGCAGAAUGUGAAAAUUGUGUAAUUUUCAUCACAUAUUUUGUUCUUUUACCUAAAAGAACUUGUACAUGUGCUUUGUGAACUGGGCCCCCGUUUGUGCCAGGUCCUUCAGGGAUGCCGCGUGGAAGGACACACGUGGCCACGGCUCCCCUCUUCACACGCCUUCCCCACGUGGCACUCAUGCCCCGUAUGCAGUGUUAGCCAUCCUUGGCCUAUGUGGACUUUUCUUUUUUGUAAAUGACAGUUUCCAGAUGGCAUUAAACUUUUUAUAUUAUGAAAUUUACCAUGUAAAAAGAACUUCGUAUUUUUACUGAGAUUGCUAAGGCACUUGGCCUUCCUUUGUGACUUCCGUGACUAUUAAAGCAUGAGUCCCCUUGGUUUUAA